UCUGGAUCAGGGCAUAUUUCUCUCCUCCUCCGCUCCUUUCAGCGGUUCAGCUUCCGAACUAAUCACCUUUUAUCCACCACCACCACAACCACCACUUGUUGAUGAAGAAGAUGGUAGUAGUACUGAUCAGUAACAUUUGACAGAAUUUAAGGGGUUUUGAAUCAAUGGGUCAAGGAUUAAUUUGCAGAAUAAGUGGGAGUUUUUCAGAUUCGUGAUUUAAAAUUUGUUGGAAAGCCUUUUGAGAGGAAACCCAAGCUUACUGUUUAUGAUUAACUUUCUUCUCUUCAUAUUGCUGUUGCUGAUAGUCAAAUCCAGUGGGUUUGGAUGGUUGUAGGUACUAUCCGUUUACUGAAGCUGAAGCUAGCUAAUUCAUGGCUAACAAGUCCAGACGCUGGAACUCUUGCUGCUGGCGCAUAGUGCAGACCAUUUUGAAAAAGACAAACCGAUGAUACUACGGUCCAAUUGUCCCUUCGAAGACAUCUCAUUCUGGUAGAGACGCUAGAAGGCGUGGACAAAUGAUGGGAACUUUAAACGAGACCUGCUCGUGCAGGAAUAGAGCGGCUGAACAGAUAUAUGGUUACUCUGCAUCUGAAGCUCUUGGUCAGAAUAUCAAAGGCUUCAUAAUUGAGGAGCAAGACAUCAAUGUAGCAAAUGAAAUACUUCAAAGGAAUGCCUCAGGGGAAAACUGGACAGGGAUUUUUCCUGUCAGGAAUAAACAAGGCCGACUAUUUGAAGCACUUGGGACCACUGCCCCAUUACAUGAUGAUAGCGGUACUUUGGUUGGGAUUAUUUGUGUAUCAAUUGCUAUAGAGUCUUUUCAAGAAACCAUAGAACCAAUUUCUCUCGGUACAGAACCUUUAAAAGAAGAUUCUUAUCCCAGCUCUAGUUGGCUGUGUAAUAGUGGUCUCACAACAACAAGACCUGUUUUUUUCCCCUGGUACAAACGUCUGAAACCUAUCAUAGCUUUGAUGAUAUCAAAAUUAACGUCGAGAUCGAAAAGGAAAACACUGGAAGCCACUGUCUCUGAUAAUAGGGUGGAUGCUUCCCUUAAUCAACUACGCCCAAGGAAUCCUUUUGGAGAUUCUGCUGAUGACAAUGGUGCAAGUAAGACUGGUGUCUACAAGAUGAUAACUUCUAGAGUGAAAGGAAUAUUAUGGUCAUGGGAAAACCAACAAAUCUUGCAGGUUGCGGGUGGUAAUGAAGUCUCUAGGUCCUUGUCCUCCUCCACUAACAGUAAAGGAACAAGUAACACGGGUAGUGGUAGUACUAGCAGUCCUCGUCAUAGAUUUUAUAUGGAAACAGACUACUCGAAUUAUAAUAUCUCGUUGAACAAUUUGUCGUUUGGUGAACAGAUUGGGCGAGGUUCAUGUGCAACUGUGCAUCGUGGUCUGUUGUGUGGCACGGAUGUUGCACUCAAAGUACUUUCCAACUUAGAAUACUCAGAAGACUUGUUAUGUUCCUUCAGACAAGAGGUUUUACUGAUGAAGAGGUUCAGGCAUCCAAAUGUGGUACUCUUUUUGGGGGCAGUAUAUUCACCUCAGCAUCUGUGUAUUGUCACCGAGUUCCUUCCACGGUCCAUUGUCUACUUUUACCUUUUUCCAUUGUCUGCUUACUGGAUAAGUUACCUUUCAUAUUAUUCUACUUACUGGGUAUACAACCUUCUUAUUUGUAGUGGAAGUUUGUUUCAACUACUUCGACUUCACACUAAUACUACUUUAGGUUGGAGACGGCGUGUUCUCAUGGCUUUGGACAUUGCACGUGGUAUGAAUUACCUUCAUCGUCACAACCCACCAAUUAUUCACCGUGAUUUAAAGUCAUCAAAUCUUUUGGUUGAUAAGAACUGGAGUGUGAAGGUUGGUGAUUUUGGUCAUUCAAGACUCAAACAUGCAACAUUUCUAACAACAAGUACUACACAUGGAACGCCACAGUGGAUGGCUCCAGAGGUAAUUCGUAAUGAGCCAGCGGAUGAGAAGUCUGAUGUGUAUAGCUUUGGAGUUAUACUGUGGGAGCUUGCGACGUUAAAAAUCCCAUGGGAUGGCCUGAACCAGAUGCAGGAUUCAUGGACCAACGCAACGAGAUACCAAAUGACACUAACCCUCAUUGGGCAUCUCUAAUCGAGAGUUCCUGGCACAGUGACCCAAAAUGCCGGCCAACAUUUAAGGAACUGCUUGAAAGGUUGAAAGAUCUGCAGAGACAUUAUUUCAUUUCAAAGCCCAAGAGAACUAUCUAGAUAAUGUACAUAUUAAAGAUUGUAACAACUUGUAUAAUUAGGAGUGUCCUAUAGUUGCUGGAGUUAAAGAGAUAAGUAGCUUAAGAGUGUAGAGUUGAGUUGUGAGUUCUUAAUAAAUAAACAGUCUUACCACACCAAAACUGAAGCCCCAUUGGUAAAUGAUGAAUCCCACAUGAAUGCUAUGGGACCUUUAUCCAUGUCAGUGUUGGUUUUUGUGGUGCUGAAAAACAAAGUCUGUUAAGAAUUGUUAAAUAAAUAAAGGGACUCUAUUUCUAUCAA